CACACCUGCACCUUCGUGGUACCAGGUGCAGCACGCUCAAUCGGGUGCAUCAUCCAUUAAAUGUAGCCGAGGAGACCUACAAGUAUGACCUGUGUGGCCCGGUCGGUCCGUUUUCCUCGCCUGUGGGAGAGCCUGAGAAAAAAAAACUAUAACUGGAAACAUGUGUUCGCCAUUGUUCUCACGCUGAUGUUUAUAAACUUGUGGUUAACGAAGACUGGAUUAUCUCGCUGGAAGUACGUCUUAGACAAAACUCACGAAUUCGAUCAAAACCGUGCAGAUUUCUUGGAAGUUUCCGAAGCCGUGAUAAGCGACCAAGAAGAGGCUGGUGUUGAAGGAAGAGGUGAGCAAGGAAUCCCCAAAGAUGAAAAAUUCGACAGAAGAAAAACAGGGAAGGCAUUUUCGAACGGGGGCGAGGCGAUAAAAGGAGAAGGAAAAGAAGAAGCGAUGGAAGAAGUUGAUAAGAGAGAAAUGGCAAUAUAUAAUGACGUAAACGGAUUAGGAGAGAAUGAAAACAUAGAUGUCCAAUCACAAAAGACGAAGAAACAGAAGGUUAUCUUACUGUGGACUGGUUGGCGAAGUGGUUCAACUUUCUUGGGAGAAUUACUGAAGAGGUGGUCCAGCAAGACGUUUUACAGCUACGAGCCACUUCACAUCUUCAAAGUCAAAGUCCACGAGAAAACGGACAACCCCAACUCAGCCUCUAUUUCUGCAACGUCCGCUCUACGGGACAUUCUGGCUUGUGACUUCCGUACCCACGGGGCAAUCCUCAAGUAUCAGAACAGAUGGAGGUGGUACAAGUGGGCCAACACGUAUCUCAUGGAGAGGUGUACGAAAACCAGGAAAUGUUACGACCCGAGUUUUGUGAGCAAGACCUGUCGAUCAGCGGACGUGCAUCUGCUCAAGGUUCUCCGCUUAAGUCUCCCUUGGGCCCGGACUUUCCUGGAGAACGAAGACCUCGAUUUUCAGAUCCUUUACGUGGUUCGCGACCCACGCGCUGUGCUCAGCUCGAGACGAAAAGUGACCUGGUGCAAUACCCCAACCUGCAGUAGUCCGAGAGUCACUUGCUCCCUCUUGGCCGGUGACUUGGCAGAGGCGGCUGUUCUUCAGAAGGAGUUUCCUGACAGAUUCAAGUUCCUGCACUAUGACGAAAUCUGCCAGAACAUGACCACCAGCCUGGCAGACAUAAUGAACUUCCUGGGCCUCCCUGUGCAGCAAGAACAGACCAAACUCCUGCAGGAAAAGAAGACUUCGCAGAACAAAUACUCAGUGCACAAGAACAGCCUCCUCCAGGCCCAACUCUGGCGCAAAACCACGUCUUUCUAUGACAUCGUGCUCCCUGUCCAACACUUCUGUCAGUCCUCGCUUCAGAAGCUGGGUCUCAGGAGUUUCCCGGUGGAGAAGGAGUUCCUCGACCUCAGUGUCCCAGUGCUGGAGAGUCCUUCGAAGUUAUAGACGAAUACAGACCAAGAGACACAGACCAUUAUGGACCAUCCUACACAGGUCAAAAUCUGAUAGAAACCAAAAUCGACUUGCUGAUCGGAAUGUUCUCUAGAAAGCAGUCGGCCAUAAUUAACGUCACUGGCCAAGGACAAGAACAAGGACAAAUAAGGACAGAAGGAUCACACAAAAUCCGCACCCCCCCCCCCCCCCACCCCCUCCUAGGUAUGUGGUCUGAUCCCAGCCUCUUUUCCUUUUUCCUUUUCUUUCCUUUCCUU